AUGGCUCUGUUUGGUAUUUGUGUGGCUAUGGCCGUGUUUUUGGAGACCGUCUCUGCUACCUCGCUGGGAGUGGUGUACACGGAGGGGGGCAUGGUGGAGGGCCGAAGCAUCCGCUUGGGUUUACGCAGACACAUGGACGUGUUCAAGGGGAUUCCCUUCGCUGACAUCCCCGGACGCUUUGAAAAACCCAAACGCCAUCCAGGCUGGGACGGGGUGUUGAAAGCCAAAGAAUACAGAGCCCGAUGCCUUCAGUUGAACAUGAUCAUGACCGACACCAGAGGCUCUGAGGACUGUCUCUACCUCAACAUCUGGGUUCCUCAUGACCGUAAAGUCUCCUCCAACCUGCCUGUGAUGGUGUGGAUCUACGGAGGGGGCUACCUCGUGGGGGGCUCCAUGGGGGCUAACUUCCUGGACAACUACCUGUAUGAUGGACAGGAAAUCGCAGACAGGGGGAACGUCAUUGUGGUGACUCUGGGAUAUCGUGUAGGGGCCCUGGGCUUCCUGAGCACCGGAGAGUCUGAUAUGCCUGGAAAUUAUGGACUGUGGGACCAGCAGGCUGCCAUCGCCUGGGUGCACAGGAACAUCCGCGCAUUCGGAGGAGACACCAACAACAUCACCAUCUUUGGAGAGUCUGCAGGGGGCGCUAGCGUCAGCUUCCAGACCCUGACUCCUCACAAUAAGGGCCUGUUCCGCAGAGCCAUCUCUCAGAGCGGAGUAGCCCUGUGUCCCUGGGGUGUCAUCAAGAAUCCGCGAAAGUUUGCUGAGGAGGUGGCUCUGAAGGUGAACUGUCCCACUGACAGCAGGAUGGCGGCCUGUCUCAAGAUGACUGACCCUGUGGUCCUCACCAUGGCCGGGACCCUCAACCCACAAAGCUCCCCUGCUGAGCCUGUGGUGGAAAACCUGGUUCUGUCUGCGGUGGUGGAUGGAGACUUCCUGCCGGACCACCCCUCAAAGCUGUUCCACAACGCUGCUGAGAUCGACUACAUCGCCGGGGUCAAUGACAUGGACGGACACAUGUUCACUGCUUUGGACGUCCCCUCGAUCAACUCCAUGUUGGUGGAUACGCCCAUUGAAGACGUGAAGACACUGCUGGCCUCAUACACCAAAGACAAAGGUAAAGCUGGAAUGGAGAACGCCUUCUCCCUUUACUCCUCCGACUGGCGCACUAACCCAGACCGAAAAACUGUCAAGAAGACCGUCGUGGCCAUUGGGACAGACUACAUCUUCCUGGUGCCCACUCAGGCUGCUCUAUAUCUCCACGCCAAACAUGCCACAACUGGCCGCACUUACUCAUAUAUGUUAUCUGAGCCAAAUCGUAUGGGGGGCCUGGUCACACCCUACCCCAGCUGGAUGGGAGCAGAUCACGCAGAUGACCUGCAGUACGUGUUUGGGAAGCCCUUCACCACUCCUCUGGGGUACUGGCCCAGGCACAGGGACCUGUCCAGAUACAUAAUCGCAUACUGGACCAACUUUGCUAAAACUGGAAACCCAAACCAGGGAGACUUGGAGGUCCCUGCCACAUGGCCGGAGUUCACAACCGAUGGACACAAGUACCUGGAGAUCCACCACGACAUGAACAAAGGCUACGUGCGGCAGAAGAUGAGGAUGCGCUAUGUGCACUUCUGGACCAGUAUCCUGCCCAACUUGCCUGACCUGAACCAGUCUGAAUGAAACUGAUGAACCUCUCUAUACACUGUCAUGCACUAUACACACCAGUAAAACAGUACAACACAUUA